AAUUUCCCUCCGUUUUUCUUCACAAUCGUUGUGUAUCGAUAGACAGCGAUAGACGAUAGGCUGGGUUGGGAUCAUCGAUACACACGCUGGGCAGGAUUUGAUCCCUGCAAGCCCCUGACGGUUGCCCGCCACCUUCGCAGGUCGCACCUUUCCAGCCAAUCCAAGGCCGCGGUUUCACAGGCGUGACCUCCUGACGCUGCUUCAAUCUUCAAGUCACUGUCGCUUCAGCUUGUCUGGUAAAACUCAUCACAUCAGCAAACACCUUUCUCCUCGUCGUCGCCUUGCUGUCUACUACUGCUUUGCACCUCGUCGCCGUUCGCUUUUUCGCAUAAUCACCGUCGCAUCAAAUGCUUCCCUACCUUCCAUCGCGCCAAUCUUUCGCACGUCCUCACCAUGGCUGCAGCGGUAGCCUCAUAUCCCCUUGCCCACCCCACAGAACGCGACUGUCGUCGACUAAAGAUCCCGCAAUGCUCCUGGAUUGGAAUGGGUGAAGGGGAACUUUCGCGGUCUUGUCGCAUGCCCAUGGUUUCGGCUUCUAGCACGGGAGCCGAUUGGCCAUGCUGUCUGCACACCGCUACCUUCUGUAUAUGCAAGAAGAACACGCCAGACUUACGGGUAUGCGCAACAUCUCUUCAUCCUAACUCGGGCUUGUCUAGUUGGGGCCUUGAACCUACCCUCAUUUCUCGCCUUUUUCCUUCGAAUCUCAUUUUUAUCCCUUGUCCUUGCAACCCGUGCCCGACUUCUCGUCCCUAACACCUAUCACAGCGCGAUCCGCCUACCUAUGAACUAUAUUUGAGAGCAACUGCGCUGGUCGCAGCUUUGCUGGAGCAAUUGGCCACAUGUCCAUUGCCAUAUGGCACAUUUCCAGCCUCAGACCAUUCGGACGAUUCCCCUACGCCCAACCCUUUGGACGAUCCUCUUGCAACGGCCCAUAAUCUGGCCAGUCUUGCCUCGAUAGAGCUCGACACAACCCUUCCACGUGUUUCGAGCCGUCGACCCCAUUCUGAGACCAACAUGGAUUACAAGAUUGACUUUGGUGACACCACCGGAGUUCAAACAAGGGGCAAGAAGGCUGCUAAAAAGGCUGCCAAGGCCGCCCAACAGGCCAAAUGGUUCGAAUCCGAUAACGAGGGCGAGGGGAAUACCGCCGGCGAUGGUGGGGGUGACGAUGCAGGUGGUAAUGGAGGCGGAGAUAAUUCUGGAGCAGGGGGUAAUGGAGGAGACGACAACAACGGAGGCGGUGGCGAUGACGAUUGGGAUUUUGGUGGGAGUAAGAAGAACAAGAAGAAGCAGAAGAAGAAGGAAGAGGAAGAGGAGGAGCAAAGGAGGAAAGAUGCCGAGUCAGCAAAUGCUAAUAAAGGUGCAGACCCUCUAAGUUGGGCCGAUGAAGCCAACGAAGCCGCUGCCGAUGACGAUUGGGCGGGCUUCACCACCAAAAAGGAUAAGAAGGGCAAAAAGGGGAAGAAGGGCGUCGAGGAUACCACCAGUCCACCGGCAACAUCAGCUUUUCAAGACAUCAGCCUCGACGAUUCAGCGCCCAAGCUGGAGUUCUCUUUUGGCAAUGACAAGAAGGACAGUGGAACCGGAUUUGGUGCAUGGGGGAAAACUUGGGAUUUUGACUCUCUUAGUAAUGGGGCCACCGACAAACCACAAGACAAGACCUCGAAAAAGGAUGACAAGAAAGAUUCGACAGCUGAUUUUGGUGACAACAAUCCUUGGUCCGUGGGUAAUAAAUCCAAGAAGAAAACGUCGACCUAUGGAUCAAACUUUGAUUUUGGCAACUUCAACACUGAGGAGCCCACUCUUAACUUUGACGGCGACCUGGGCGGAACAAAGUCCACUGACGAUGCUUGGGGUUUCUCCUCUAAGAAGGAUACCAAGGCAAAGGAGGAGGAUACCUGGGGCGGUUGGGGAACCUCAACAGCAAAGAAGAAGGGGAAAAAGGCUGACCCCAUCGAGGAACCCGUCGCAGAGGUUGCCGAGGCCGAUACCUCGUUUGACUGGGGAUUCGGCGGCAGCAAGAAAAAGGGCAAAAAGGGCCUCAUCAGUGAGGUUGAUGAUCUUCUUGCCGUCCCUGAGGCUCCUGCUCCUGCCGCUGCAGUCGACAAAGCCGAUGAUGGAGACGACUGGAUGUCUGCAGCUUGGGGAUCAAAGAAGACCAAGAAGGGCAAAAAGACAGAAGACUUCUCAACAUCUGUUGACCCAGGAUCAAAAGAAGCCGACAUCACCACGGACACGUUAGCUGAUGACACUUGGGGAGCCUUUACCACCGCCAAAAGUAAAAAGGGCAAGAAAGCACCAAUCAUCGAAGAGACUGUUCCCGAACCAGCUCCUGACCCACCUAGUGCCAUCGAUGAUGUGUGGGCAUCUUUUGGUAAACAGGACAAGAAGGGUAAGAAGGGCAAAGUGACCAGCCCUGAACCUUCUAUUCCUAAUGUCGACCCAGAAUUCGACGACUUCGACAAGGCCAUGGAGGCUCCGAAAGAACCAGAAGGCAUGAGCUACGUGGAUUGGAUGUCGUUGACCCCCAAGGAGAGGAAAAAGAAGGAAAAGGAAUACCUCAAGAAGGGUAUCCCCAUUCCCACCGAACCAGAACCAGAACCAGAACCAGACCCAAGUCCAGAGGAAGACCCUCACCUCGACACAUUGCCUGAAGAUCCGCCGCAGGAGCAGGGCAUGCCUUACUCCGAAUGGAUCGCUCUCAGCUCGAAGGAACGAAAGAAGAAAGAGAAGGAGUAUCAGAAGAAAGGGAUCCCUAUCCCGACUGAACCAGAGCCAGAGAUUGACCCCAUUCCGGAGACCGAGGAGCCAAAAGAGCAAGCGAUGAGCUAUGAUGACUGGAUGCUUUUGACUAACAAGGAAAGGAAGAAAAAGGAGAAAGAGUAUAAUGCUGCUGGAAUCCCUAUUCCAACAGAGCCCCAGCCUGAGGAUGACCCCAUGCCUGAGAUCGAGGAGCCAAAAGAGCAAGCGAUGAGCUAUGAUGACUGGAUGCUUUUGACUAACAAGGAAAGGAAGAAGAAGGAGAAGGAGUACAAUGCCGCUGGAAUUCCCAUUCCAACAGAGCCCCAGCUUGAGGAGGACCCCAUACCUGACUUCGAGGAACCAAAAGAGCAAGGGAUGGGCUAUGAUGAGUGGACACUCUUGAGUAGCAAGGAAAGGAAGAAAAAGGAGAAGGAAUACAUCAGCAAGGGUAUUCCUAUUCCUACCCCGCCCGCAUUUGAGCUCGAGCCCGAGCCUGAACCUGAACUACCCAAGGAGGAGGGAAUGAGCUAUGAUGAGUGGAUGCUCUUGAGCAGCAAAGAAAGGAAGAAGAAGGAGAAGGAAUAUACACUAAAGGGCAUCCCUAUUCCUACCGAGCCCGAACCCGAACCCGAACCCGAACCACCCAAGGAGGAGGGAAUGAGCUAUGAUGAGUGGAUGCUCUUGAGUAGCAAGGAAAAGAAGAAGAAGGAGAAGGAAUACCUCAGCAAGGGUAUUCCUAUUCCUACCCCGCCCGUAUUUGAGCCCGAGCCAGAACCAGAACCCGAACCACCUAAGGAGGAGGGAAUGAGCUAUGACGACUGGCUCGCUCUAACUCCUCGAGAAAGGAAGAAGAAGGAAAAGGAAUAUGCACUAAAGGGCAUCCCUAUUCCAACUGAACCCGAACCAGAGCCUGAACCCGAGCCGCCGAAGGAAGAGGGCAUGAGUUACUCAGAAUGGAUAGCCCUAUCCACCAAGGAGAGGAAGAAGAAGGAGAAGGAAUAUCUGUUAAAGGGCAUUCCAAUACCAACAGAGCCGAUACCUGACCCGGAACCUGAGCCAGAACCAGAACCAGAAAAAGAGAAGAAAGAGGGCAUGAGUUAUACUGAAUGGAUAGCCCUAUCCGCAAAAGACCGCAAAAAGAAAGAGAAGGAAUACAAGCUCAACGGAAUUCCUAUUCCAACUGAAGAUCCCGCUCCUGUUGAAGCAGAGGUUGAGGAAGAAGCUGAUGAUGCAUGGGGAAGUUGGGGAGUAUCUACCAAGUCCAAGAAAAAGUCGAAGACCACAAGCACGGGCCUUCUUGAUCCUGAAGACGGCACCAGCGCUACUGCUCUAGAGUCCAAACCCGAGAAGGAGGAUACUUGGGGUUCUUGGGGCACUUCCACAAAGGACAAGAAAACUACCACCAAGAAGAAAGGUUUCCUAGACAUCUCAGAAGAGCCCGAAGAUUCCAACUCCAAGGAUAUAGACCCAUGGGCAGCAUUUUCAACCACCGGUAAAAAAGACACCAAGAAGAAGGACGCAGUGAUCGAGGAUGCAGAAGCUGACGCUGGAGGGUGGGGAUUCAGUUUUGGUUCGUCCAAGGACAAGAAAAAGGACACCAAAAAGAAAGGUCUACUAGAUCUCGACGAAGAGCCGCCUGCACCUCCCCCAGAACCAGAACCAGAGCCAGACCUCGAUUUGGAUGAACUUGCUUACUUGACGCCAAAGGAGAGGAAGAAGCGAGAAAAGGAGAUUGCCAAGAAGAAAGCGGCCGCUGCUCUUGAGCCUGAGCCAGUCCCAGAGAAAGCCUCAGACAAAUCCAAAGAAAACGAUGACAUUUGGGGUACUUGGGGAACUACGACAAAGGACAAGAAAGGCACCCUGAAGAAAACUGUCCCCGAAGUGGUCGAGACCAGCAAACCCGACACCAAGGCCGAUGCAUGGGAUAUUUGGGGUGCCAAAAAGAACACCAAGAAAUCCAAGAUGGUGGACGAGCCUCCUCCGCCAGUGCCAACUCCUCCUGCACAAGGUCUGACACCUGAACCUGAUCAGACGGAUAUGCUCGAUGAGGACGAUUACGGCGGUGGCACUUGGGCGACUCUGACCAAAAGCAAGUCAUCCUCCAAAAAAGAAACAAGCACAACAAAAGAUAGCAAGAACAUGUGGGGAUUUGGAACUGCAGCUGCUGCUGUCACCACUGCAACAGGCGCCAAAUUGACCAAGAAAGAGAGAGAGGCCAAGGCUAAAAGGGAAGCAGAGGAACAAGCUGAGAAAGAAAGGGAAGAAAAAGCAUUACGCGAGGCUGAAGAAGCUGAAGCUGCAAGGCUGGCAGAGGAAGAAGAAGAAGCCAAGCGACUGAAGAAGAGCGGCAAGCUCAGCAAAACAACCACUAAGACCAAAGAUGCCGAUCUUCUCGAUGGACUAGACGAUGUCACCCCAGCUUCUAAAUCGUCCAAGCUCAAAAAAGCCACGACUGCAAAGGAAGAGAAGUCGGAGGAUUACUUUGGAUUCUGGGGUAACGCGUCGACGUCCAAAAAGACAGCUGGCAAGAAGGAUGGAGACUCCAAAAAGGAAAUUACCAAACAGGGGCUGACCAAUGAGGACGAGGCACUAAAUGACCUGGAAGACGACUUGGACUUUGGCGUUGAUCCCAAGAAGAGUUCUUCUGCAAAGACAACAACGGCAAAGGCAAUGACCACAGCAAAGACAAAGACAACAUCAUCGGUUGCAGAUCGUAUCAAAGCUUUGGAACAUGGAAAAGAAACCAUUGGGAAGAAGUCGAAGAUAGAGGCGCCGCUGACUAAGUCGACGCCUCUACAGGACGCGCUAUCGCCGAAAGAGGAAAGGAGGCAAGCCGAGAAAGCAUCAUCACUUUCAAAGACCAAAGACUCCAAAGGAUUGAAGAAGAGCGACGCGACAUACAUCUCCCAGGAGAAGAAGUCAAAGGAUUCUGUGCCGGGUAGCUUCCCUGGAGGCUUUGGUGACGACCUGCUCGACGACGACCUGUUGCAAACAUCUGUCCCACCGUCGCCUGAAAAGACAAAGACCAAGUCAAAAGUCGUUGACAAGAAGACCACAAAGUCCAAAACUUCGACUGCUAAGACUUCAGCCGCAAAGGACUUGGAUCUGUUGGACGAUAUCGUCGACCCUAGCAGCAAACUCCCUACCCCUCCGCCAGAAGACAAGAAGCCUGUGAAGAAGGAACGUCCAAAGGUUGAACGUUCUGCCACUUCAUCCUGGGGCUUCUGGGGGGUAGCCGCGCCUCCACCAAAGAAGUCUACCAAGGACAAGGUCAAGGAAGACGGGCAUGCUUCAGCUUCAGAAAGAAAAGAAAAGCCAUCACCUGCCAUGGUUCGGUCCAAGUCUGUCAAAACUGCGAGGGAGAAGGAGCGUGAGCUCCGAGAUGCAGAGAAGUCAUCCAAAUCAUCCAGUUCUGACAAAGAAGUCAAGCCUGCCACCAAAGAAAGACCAAAGGCUCCUCGUGGCACCAGCUUCUCCAAUUUCAUGUUUGGCGGUCCUCCUCCCUCUGCGAUGAGACUAAGUACGACGAGACGACCUAGCAGUUCCGGCAGUGUUCGUACAUCCUCGAGACGGCAGUCCGUUGAUGGUCUUGUCUCUCCUCCACCGGAAGAAGAUGUACCGAUCAACUCCAAAGCUGCAAAGUUGAUGGGCAUGAAAAGCGCCAACGUCGAGAGAAGGUCGUCGGUCAAAUCAAAGUCGAAAGUACCUGAUCCGUACCCCAUUGACGAUGAUGACAUGGUGAUGAUCCAUACCCAUGACGACGUGGUUGUGAACACUGCUGCCAAAAACAAGUCCAAGACAAAAGCAACACCGUCCAAGAAAGAGGUAGGUUCAAACCCCUCCUCGAUUGUGCCGGGACAUGUUGUUCGCCCCUCGUGGUCCCCAGAUUUUGUCAAGGAGCGAAAGGCUAACGGGGAGAUGUCAUUCAAACAGACAAAGUCCUCGAAUAAAAACAUCAGAGACGAGGAUGUCGUCAUGGUUGAUCAUGGUGAUCCUCUUGUUACUAGUGGGCCUGAAGACAUUGCCUUCGUUGACCACCCCACGCCUCUAUCAAGGAGUAACACUACCCCACGGCGAUCGACCGGCUUUUUCGGUAGUUUCUUUGGAGGUGGCAAGACAGUUGAACCAGAGCCAAGGCCAAGAAGUCAGACAUUGACGGACGCUGAAGAUCAAGGACUCCCAAUCAGAACUAAGGAUCGCUCAAAGAGGAGAUCUCGAGUAGUGGACGGCGAAGAAUUCACAACUGACGGUCCAGGCGAAACUGAUGCAGACGUCGAAGCAAGAAGGCAAGAACGUAAAGCUAGACGAGAAGCUAGAGAUCAAGCGGAAGAAGUCGAACGCGCAGACCGGGAGCAGAGACGCAAAGACAGACGUGAACGGGAGAAGGCAGAUCUCGAAGCCCGUCGACGAAAAGAUCGUGAACGAGCUCGUCAAGAGCAAGAAGCUGAAGACCAAAGAAGAGAAGAGAAACGAGCUCGACGGGCCGCCAAGGAAGCCCGUCGCCAACAGGAGGAGCUCGAAAUCAGCCAAGAGGCCGAGCGCAAGCGAGAAGAACGACGAGCUUUACGUGCCAAGCUCGAAAUGGAACAUGGUGAUGCUCAGCGUGAUCUGAAAGAAGAACGACGACGGAAAUAUCACGAGGAAGAAAUCGAAAGAAGCCGCCGCAGGGAGCACCGGUCCCACGACAAAGACCGAUCAAGAGGACACCGCAGUAGUGCUCUGGUCGAAGAGUAUCACGAAAGCCGCAGUGGCAGCGGCAAAGGAACAGCACCACCCGCCAACAAGACCAGCUCGUGGGUGAACUCACAGGCGGAUGAGCCACCCGAAGUCCCGCCUGUCGAAGGGACCAUCGUGGACGGCAGUGGAGAGAAACCACGAGCUGGAAUCGACGAUGACGAGCAUAGACAAAGCAGUCGGCGACGUGACAAGUACGCCGGCAUGACGGACGCUGAGAUCGACGCAUACCGAGCCAAGAGAAGAGCAGAACGUCGUGGCGAAGGCAAGAGUGCCAGUGGCGGCAGCCAUGAACGUGAACGUGAACGUGAACGCGAUCGACAAGACCGGCGAGAACGUCGGAGAAGAAGAGACCGAGACGGCGUGGACGGCCGUGACGGUUACGGGUACGAAGAUGUACCCGUCAAAACUUGGGAUGGAAGACCAUCCCUAGGAAGAAACGACAGCAAGAGAAGAAGCUUCCUCGGUAGUUUCUUCUAA